AUGACAUGGAAUGUUUUGGCCGAAAUAUACGCGACGGUCAAAGCAUUCCCGCAUGCAGAGCCCAACAUAUUGAACUGGAAUUUUAGACGGGAGAGAAUUCUUGCUGAAAUCAUCUCAUAUAACCCAGACAUUAUUUGUUUACAAGAAAUUCAAGGAGAUCAUUUCGAAGAGUUUUUUGCUCCAGCAUUGCUGCAACGAGGGUACGAAGGUCUGUACAAACAAAAGACUACUAAACUAUUUUGUGGAGGUGGAAAGUACAAACCCGGGAAGUUUGUUUGCGACGGAUGUGCAACGUUUUUUAAAACUCCUAUGUUCACCUUACUAGAUCAUUUCGGAAUUGAAUUCGCUAGAGUUCUCCCAACAAAUUUCAAAAAUAAAAUGACAGAUAAGCGAAUUAGCAAAGAUAACGUAGCUUUGGUUCUAUGUCUCGAAUAUAACGGAACGUAUAACAUGCAAACGAACAGUACAAACUCUGUCUUAGUCGUAGCCAACACUCAUAUUAUUGCAAAUCCAGAUGCCCCAGACAUUAAAAUUUGGCAAGCUAACGCACUCACAAGUGUUUUAACGCAAUAUCUUAUACAAGCCGGGAAGUACAUUUGUGGUAAAACCGCAAGUAUUACGCAACCAGCUUUAAUCAUUUGCGGAGAUUUCAACAGUACGCCCGAGAGUGCGGUUUAUGAAUUAAUUGUAACUGGACAAUGCCGUCAAAACCAUCCUGAUUUUACAAACUCUCAAUCAUACACGUGGCUUGAGGACGUCAAAUUAGGUCACGGCUUGAAACUUAUUAGUUCUUACAGUUUAGCAAAUGCAAUUCGUAUUUGUGCGCCAGCUAAUUACCCAAGUAGCGAAUACGAACCAGAAUUUACAAAUUACACCCAAAUGUACAUAGCCUGUUUAGAUUAUAUUUUUUUCGAUCAAUCAAUGUUGCAAGUAACAGCCACGUUAGAAUUAGUUUCUGAGCUCGAAUUAUUGGAAGAAGCUCAUAAUUUGCAAGCCAGUGAUUGGGCACUUCCGUCCGCACAAAGACCAAGUGAUCAUUUACCACUGCUGACGCGCUUUGAAUGGAAACAUUAA